GAGUUCGCUUCCCCAGUAGAGAGAGCUCUUCGAUAUUAUUUUCCAUUUCGUGUACUCGGUGCAGAUCACAGAGCAUUCAAGCGGCGGAGGAGUACCAUCCGACAGAACAGUCGUGCCAGUCCUCCGCGAACCGAGCCCACUUACCUGGCCUGGCCAUGGAUGAACAGGCAGGGCCCGGAGUGUUUUUUAACAACAAUAAUAACUCGGUUUUGCCCGGAGGUGGGAAAGCACCACAGGCGGGCGACGGCGGUGGAGGGGAGGCGGCGAGGGCGCAGUACAGUAUUCCGGGGAUCUUGCACUUCCUGCAGCACGAAUGGGCCCGUUUCGAGGUGGAGAGAGCGCAAUGGGAGGUGGAGCGGGCCGAAUUACAGGCACAGAUCGCCUUUCUGCAGGGAGAGCGGAGGGGUCAGGAGAACCUGAAGAAAGAUCUGGUGAGGCGGAUCAAGAUGCUGGAGUAUGCCCUAAAACAAGAGAGAGCAAAAUACCAUAAAUUAAAAUAUGGAACAGAGCUUAACCAGGGAGAAGUGAAGCCGCCAAGCUACGACUCCGAUGAAGGGAACGAGAACGAGAACGAGAACGAGGUUCCGGGGCUGCAGAACAGUCAGCUGACCUGGAAACAGGGACGGCAGCUCCUGAGGCAGUACCUGCAGGAGGUGGGCUACACGGACACCAUACUGGAUGUGAAGUCCCAGCGGGUCAAAGCACUGCUGGGUUUGGCUGGAGACACGGGGGAGAGGCCCUCCGACAAGAACCCAGAACCCAUGGUCAACGGCACGGAGUCCCUCAAGAGCAGCGUCAUGAUCGGGAAACCGGACCUGAGCGACUCCGCUUCGGUGCUGGAGGCCUUCAAGUUCAUCGAGAGCGCGGCCGCCGAGUUCAGCGAUGAAGACGAGGAUGAAGACAGCGAUGGGAAGGACAGGACCAUCAUGGAGACCGCAACGCUGAGGAAGAAGGGCUCUUCCUCCCCCUCCUCGUCCUCGGACAUCAGCGACGACCCCGACACAGAAGAGGCUCUCAAGGGCUUCGACUUCCUGGCCAGCCCCGACGACAUGGAGAGCUCACCGGAGUCACGGAGCGCGGGGGACGGCACGGACUGGGAGAAGGAAGAGCAGUGUCCCAUGUCCGAGGCCUGGGACGUGGACCAGGGCCUGAUUACCAAACUCAAGGAGCAGUACAGAAAGGAGCGCAAGGGGAAAAAGGGGGUGAAGAGACCCAACCGGUCCAAGCUCCAGGACAUGUUGGCCAACCUGCGGGACGCCGAGGACCUGCCCCCCAUGCAGCCGUCCGUCACGCCCCCCGCCCGGCCCAGCGUGGCCCGGCUCAACGAGCACGAGCCCAACCGCGCCGACGAAGUGGAGGCCAUGACGUUCCCGCCCACAUCGGGGAAGUCCUUCAUCAUGGGGGCCGACGAGGCCAUGGAGAGCGAGCUGGGCCUGGGGGAGCUGGCCGGCCUGACGGUGGCCAACGAGGCGGACAGCCUGGCCUACGAUAUCACCAAUAACAAAGACGCCCUGCGGAAGACGUGGAACCCCAAGUUCACGCUGCGGAGCCACUUCGACGCCAUCCGCGGCCUGGCCUUCCACCCGGUGGAGCCCGUGCUGGUCACCGCGUCGGAGGACCACACCCUCAAGAUGUGGAACCUGCAGAAGACCGCGCCCGCCAAGAAGAGUGCUGCACUCGACGUGGAGCCAAUAUACACCUUCAGAGCCCACAGGGGUUCUGUGCUGUGUGUGGUCAUGAGCUCCUCGGGGGAGCAGUGCUUCAGCGGGGGCGUGGACGGCACCAUCCAAAGCUGGAACACCCCCAACCCCAACAUCGACCCCUACGACUCGUACGAGCCCUCCGUCCUCCGGGGGGCGCUGUGUGGGCACACGGACGCCGUCUGGGGCCUGGUGUACAGCGCGGCUCACCACCGCCUCCUCUCCUGCUCGGGCGACGGGACGGUGAGGCUGUGGAACGCCGCCGACACCUCCCCCGCCCUCGCCGUCUUCAACGAGAACCGAGAGCUGGGAAUCCCCUCGUCGGUGGACCUGGUGUGCAGUGAGCCCGCCCACAUGGUGACGUCGUUCAGCACCGGGGAGACGGGGCUUUUCAACAUGGAGACGCAGCAGCUGGUCCUCAGCCUGGAGUCCACCGCAGAGCCGGGCCUCCCCUGCCAGAUCAACAAAGUGCUGAGUCACCCCACCCUCCCCAUCACCAUCACCGCUCAGGAGGACCGCCACAUCAAGUUCUUCGACAACAACACGGGAAAAUUGAUCCACUCCAUGGUUGCCCACUUAGACGCGGUCACUAGCUUAGCCGUCGACCCCAACGGACUGUAUCUCAUGUCUGGAAGUCAUGACUGCUCCAUCCGGCUGUGGAACCUGGAGAGUAAGACCUGCAUCCAGGAGUUCACCGCCCACCGCAAGAAGUUGGACGAGUCGAUCCACGACGUGGCGUUCCACCCGACCAAGUGCUACAUCGCCAGCGCCGGAGCCGACGCCCUGGCCAAGGUCUUCGUAUGACCCAGAGGCCGUCCUCUUCCUCCUCCUCCUCCUCCUCCUCUCUCUGCCACCUCCGCCACUGCCGCCAGCCAAUGGGGACAGAGAAGGGGCAGGGCUUAAGAGGUGGGCUCCCCACCCGCGCUCACCCCCACACCCUCCACCAAUCGGCUCCUCCUUCACCGGUCGGCUCCUCCCAAAUCCACACCCCCUCACCCCUCGCACCUCUUCUUCGGACACCUGGACAGAAACGGGCGUGGCCGCGGUAGAUUAGGAAGCCCCCGAGGCUGAGGAGGACGGGGGGGGGGCUGCUCCAGGGUGCAGCUGUCCACUCCGACCCCCCCCCCCCCCCCCCAAACCUCCACCAUCCAGGCAGGCCUGGGUGCGGCCGGUUUCUGGGCGUUUGCUCAGUUCAGCCCCGACAGGAAGUGGAGGGGAGGGGUAAGAGGGUUAAGGUUGUCAUUUUUUUUUUCUCUUUUUUUUUUUUUAUGUCAAGAGUUCCACAGAUGAGGACAGUGGCAGAGCAUAUGUGGACCUCUCUCCCAAAACUCCACCCCCCCCCCCCAUCCACCCCUCCACCCAAUCGUUUUGUCCAUGUGUUCUUUUUCUCACCUUCAGGGAAGAAUCUUUACACAAAGUGGGACGGCCCCCUUUUUAUGAUGUUAGCGACAGGUGGCAUCAGGACAGAUGCAGUUACGUGCGCGUUUAAAAGGCAUGCUGACGUUGCCAUGGAAGCACCCCCCCCCCCCCUUUGCUUAUUGUUUUUAAACAUAAAAAUGUGCCUUUGCUUCACAGUAGGGUCUCCAAAUACAAGUGUCAUUUUACCAAGCAUUUUCUUUUGGUGGUGGGCUUACAAAAGUAGAAGUUAAUUUUUAAAUAUAAUAUUGGAUCUAAUUGGGGGGGAAAAAAUCUAAAAUACAUAAUUAUAUUCCAUCUUAAACUUUAAAAUAGAGCCUGAGUUCAUUUGAGUGCUUUUCCAAAAAAAAAAAAAAAGAGAAGAUCCGGAAGGUGAGGACUGUCCUCUGGGAGGCGAGGCUGUAUUUGGCAGGAAGUUGGCCGAUCACUGGGGUGGAGUGUGGACUCUGCUCUGCCAAAUACCGACCCUGCAAACAGAAACUCCACCCUGUAGUUUAAAGAGGUUAUGAUGCGUUUUCAUGGGAGUGAUCUGCAGUCAGUACAGGGCUGCUGACAUCACAGUGUGGGGGUACACCUUAGUGCGGUGGGAGAACUGCAGUGGAUGGUAUAUAGACAUUUAUUUUUUUGGUGUAAUUGCUGAGUGGGCAAGACUCUUUUUGUUGAAUUCCUCUCAGUCUAUUAUAUUAUUUUUCUAAAUAUAGAAGAACUGGAUUUUAGAAUGUUGGAGAUGUACUUAUUUUUCUCAGUCACAAAUAGCCCCUCUCCCACUGAACUUGCGUGAGUUGGCUAAUUUCUAAUAGUUUUCGCGUAAUUAAAUGUAUCGUUUUUUUUUUUGUUUGUUUUUUUUUCCCCCUCUUGCACCUGCUGUGCUACGUGAACACGUUCACUGUCUGUUGUUCCUUUGUGAGGGCAGUGCCCCUCACCUUGCACGUCUGUCUGUUUCACCACUGUAGUGAACUGCUUCUCUGAAUUUCCAAAAUUACUGAGAAACAACGACUUGACCUGCAGACAGCCAACAGUGGCCAAAAACAGAGAGACUGUGAACGCUACUCCUACGACUGCAGCUCUUACAGAUGGGUGCGGUGUUUCUGGUGUUGGGAGCGUACCUUUCUUAAAUAUACGGAGUGUGUAGACCAACAUCAUAGGGAAAUGUUGCCAAUACUGUAAUAUAUUAACAAAAUAGAAGUCAUGUGAACUGAAAGUUUUAAAAAAAAGCUAAAUUAUUCCAGGGGUUUAUUUUUUUAAAGUAAUUUGAACAGGAGUAAUUGAUGUUGUUGAGCCAAGUUUUUUUUUUUUUUUUUUUUUUGGAAAAUGCUCUGGUUUUUAAUGAUAUUCCUCAUUGUCACAAGAAAAUCAGCUUUUCCUCAAAGUAUGGACAAGCUGCAUUAGAAAUAGGUUGCUAUAGUGAUUGAUAUGUUUUUGUCUUAAUGCUCCUCCCCCCCCCCCCCCCCCCACCUGCCACCCUUUUACUGUGCAUUUAUUUUAUACUGUCUCUGUGACUCAUUGAAAGCCAAACAAAUCAAGUCUUUGACAGUGGCCGGGUAGAAGUACAAUCUUUAUUUAAGGUCGGCCACUUCCUGUUUGCCUGCUGUAGAGUUCCUGUCUAGGACGGAACAAAGAUGGAAACAUCUAGUCACCUUUACAUUAGCGCCCAUCAGAAAGAUGUGUUGAGCGAAUGCACAGCUAAACCUUUAAAGGACUCACCACUUUUAAAGCACUCCAUUUAAAACUGUAUGUGAUUCAAAGAAAAUAAGUUUAAUAGAGCGAGAGAGAGAGAGGGAGAGAGGUGCAUUUUUAAAAAAAAGAUUAUUUUCUGAUUACUUGAAAAACAAAAAAAGUGAAUCUUUGGGAUGCUAGGUGUGUUUUCUUGAAUGGCUGCAGAUGAUUAUUUUGUUUUUAUGAUGAGUUUGUAUGCUUCUUGAAAGCUCUGUGAGUGGAGAGAGAGUUUAUUUUGUUUGUAUUUUUUUUUUCCGUCCCCCCAGAACAUUAAGUCUUUGCCGUGAACCAUGGAAUGAUGGUGGGGGGUUGCUGUUUACCAAAUGUUGUGGUCUCUUGAGAUGUCUUUUAGAAGUUUCUCCAGGGAUGGUGGGGGAAAUAUUAAAAAAAAAAUUGGGGAAAUGUAUCUGUAUGCAUAGUACUAAAAAAUAUUUUCAGAGGUGUUUUGGUGAAUCAGUUAUUAAUUUUUAGAAAUUAAAAAAGUAAAAUUCAGAAACAUGUAUAGUUUAAAGUAUUAAAAAAAGAUCUAUUUAUAAAUAUACAGUAUAUAUGGAAACACAUAAAUUGACGUGAAAUGGA